GUCAGCGACACAGGAAUUGAAUAGAGCCUGCUGGUGCUGCGUCUCUGCUCCGGCGAGCAAGGUACGGCCGCCAGGCAUUUGCGCGGUAGGAGGUAUGAAUUGGGCCCCGUUUUAGAACUAAUACAAAAUCAGUAACUUCCCAACUAGAGUCCGGAACGAUCAAACUGCACAAAGACUGCCCCGGUAGGCCUCCGCGCCGAUGUGGGUUGGACGUCAGAGAACGGCGAGUACACGCCGUGCUGAGGGAAUUGCCUCGUCGAUGCCUCAACACAAAGGGAUUUUUUUGUUCUAGUACCGCUUUGAGAGGAGGAGCCAGCUGUGAAAGACAGCAUUGCUGACUUUGCUGCUUACCAAGAUUAUUAGGAGGAGAGGGGGAAGGACUGACAGACAUGUCUUCAGAAACAGCCCAAAGUAAAUUUCAGGCAUCUUCACAGCAACAAAACAAACAGUCUGGUCUCCACUGUCCUAUCUCAGAUGCUCACAUCGAUAGAAAAGAAAUAGAAAGGAUCAGUCGAGAAUGUAGAAAUGAAAGUUUCUGGUACAGAGGUCUUCCCUUGUCUCUAGGAAGCAUGCUAAUCACUCAAGGGCUAAUUUACAAUGGCUUUCUGUCAUCAAACCCAAGAUUUGGAUCAUUACCUAAAAUUGCAUUUGCUGGUGCCUUUGGUCUUGCCAUUGGGACAAUGUCAUACAUACGAGUAUGCCAGAGAAAGUUCCAAAGUAAAGGAGUUUGUCCAUUUGGUCCAGAACAUAAAAGGCACUGUCAUCAUACCUGCAAGGAAUGCGAAGCAAAUUUUGGAUCUAAUGGACGGGAAAACUCAAAGCCUUCAGCUUCAUAAUCCCAGAUCACGUCUCUUCUCUUUAAGAAGUUACUUCAUAUCUUGGUAUCUGAAUUGUAGAACUGACAAAGAUGACAGAAUACUGCAGAAAAAGUCUCUUUCUUCAAUAGCUUAUUCUGGACAGAAGAAAUUAAGCCUAAGGUGUAAACCAAUACACUGUGAGGAUUGGGCUAAUUUU